AUCAUCGUUACGAAUGAUGAUUUCCAACGAAUCGUGAAACCGCUAUCCAUGUUUUGCGUUCUUAGAAAGUAAGGUGCUUUCCACGACCAUUAUCGACAGAAGUGUAAACGCACGUGUUUCUGUCAAAGCAAACAAUAGAUUUGUCGCCAAAAAUCCGACGAACUUAACAAGCGUUUGAAUGUACUGGCUGUGCUUGACGGCAUUAGCUGCGACUGCAGCAGCGCAGGGCCCGUAUGAUUUGGAACCGAGGGUGCCCUAUCCCGGCAAAUCGUCCAGUUUAGGACCACUCUACUCGUCUGGCCUUAGUCCUGGUCAAGGUUUCCGCGAUAAUAGUUACGAGGAUAACAUUGUAACACCUACUCCAUCCCCAACGCCUGCCUACAGAAAUCCUGGCAAUCAACCACCUCUGUAUCGCAAACCUUCGGCCCCGUCCCUCGAUCAGGCAGCUCUCAGGGUGAAUGGACCACCGCGUGGGGUUCUUCGUGGUGGACAACCACAAAAUGUUCGGGACGCUGACGAAUUGGAAGAGAAGGAAGAGCCCGACCGUUUGACCCUCCUUUUACCACAGAGUAAAUUCGAUUGUGUGAACAAGCAAACGGGUUAUUAUGCUGAUGAGGAUCUUAAUUGCGAGGUCUUUCAUUAUUGUCAAGAUAACGCGAAACACUCUUGGAUUUGUCCCGAAGGAUUUACAUUCCAUCAGGUUCACCUGAUUUGCAUGCCGCCAAGUGGAGACAUAAAUUGCAAGAAGAGCUCUCAGUAUCACUUCGUGAACGAGUACCUCUACAAACCAUUGAACUUGGCUGAAGCUGAGAACAAACCUAACGUAACCUUGAGAUACAGUGAAAGAUAUUUCCCCGCAGACAUUCACCCGGACGAACGCGAGGUUGGUGACUAUCAGAUUACUCCUUCUGCGCCUAUUCGCCGUCCUACUCCACCAGUAUAUGCAAGUCCUCAGCCAGCUACAUUGAAUAGUAUUCCACCAUCGGCACGUCCACAAUCAACAGGUCUUCCGCAAUUUCGUUUACCGGUGAAUCAAGUUUUUCGUAGCCCAGAGGAAGUGAAUAUUCCUCUUCAACAUAGACGCCCGCAACCACAACACCAGCCUGUGAGAAGAUUCCCUCAAGUACGACCUGAUGACGAAGAGUACGAAUAA